ACGGAACUCCAGGUGGGGCGUGGCCCUGACGCCACCUUCUCCUCUGUAUAAAUAUUUUCCUCGACCGUUUUUCGUUCCCUCCCUUUUAAAUCAACUCUAAUUUCUCCUCUCCCUCUCUUUUUCCCUCUCCCCCACGCUCGCUCACAGGAAAUUUCAUUUUUGAACAACCAUGUCGGGACCUGGAUCUGUUGCAAAUCCGAAUCCUAAUAAGUCUUUCGAGGUUGUUCAACCUCCGACGGAUUCUGUUACUAGCCUUAGUUUCAGUCCCAAGGGAAAUUACCUUGUUGCUACUUCUUGGGACAACCAGGUUAGAUGCUGGGAGAUCAUGAAGUCGGGGGCCACCCUCAGCAGUGUGCCGAAAGCAUCGACUAGUCAUGACCAGCCGGUUUUAUGCUCGACUUGGAAGGAUGAUGGAACGACUGUGUUUUCUGGGGGUUGCGAUAAGCAAGUUAAGAUGUGGCCACUGAUGUCUGGUGGUCAAGCCGUGACCGUAGCAAUGCACGAUGCACCCAUCAAAGAUGUUGCUUGGAUCCCACAGAUGAAUGUUUUGGUUACAGGAAGCUGGGAUAAGACCCUGAAGUACUGGGAUCUUCGACAACAGACUCCAGUGCAUACUCAACAACUUCCCGAUCGUUGCUAUGCACUAUCAGUUAAUCAUCCUCUAAUGGUCGUUGGCACCACUGAUCGAAAUUUGGUUGUGUUUAACUUGCAAAAUCCUCAGACAGAGUUUAAGAGAAUCACUUCGCCCCUGAAGUAUCAGACAAGAUGUGUUGCAGCAUUUCCUGAUCAGCAAGGUUUCUUGGUUGGCUCAAUAGAGGGGAGAGUGGCUGUUCAUCAUUUGGAUGAUUCACAACAAAGUAAAAACUUUACUUUCAAAUGCCAUAGAGAGGGCAAUGAGAUAUACUCAGUCAAUGCUUUAAACUUCCAUCCUGUACACCAUACUUUUGCAACAUCAGGCUCAGAUGGUGCUUUCAAUUUUUGGGACAAGGACAGUAAACAGAGGCUUAAGGCCAUGUCUAGGUGCAAUCAACCUAUACCUUGCAGCUCUUUUAACAAUGAUGGCUCAAUAUUUGCAUACUCGGUGUGUUAUGACUGGAGUAAGGGUGCAGAAAAUCAUAACCCUGCAGCAGCAAAAACAUACAUUUACCUUCAUGUUCCUCAGGAGUCAGAGGUGAAGGGGAAGCCACGAGUUGGAGCUGGCGGUCGAAAGUAAAUUUCCUCAUCUGUGGAGUUGCUGAUGGGAACCUUCAAGGCUACUGCUGGUUAUGGGAAUUUAGUUUGUCGCUAAUGAUCCAAUUUAUGUUCAUCUUCCAGUUUAACUAUGGCAAUGAGCGUAUGCUGGUUUUGUUGGUCUAACCCCCCCCCCCCCCUUUUUGUUUUUCGGCUGGGAUUAAAAUUGGUGGUGUUGAAGUUUCAUGGGUUCAUUGGUUUAUUACUUGUAUAAAGAACAUUCGUUCUUUUUUUCUCCUUUUGGUGGUAGAAAAUACUUGUUUUGGUUGUUCCUUGUUCUGCUGCAUUUGGUGCUACCUGCCAGCGUUAAAGGAUUUUGUUUCACAUAUACUAGUGGAUGGCUCUUGAAAAUUUCUGGGUUUCCAAUAA